AAUCUUACUAUUGUACUGUAUCACUAAUCCAACCGCAAGGCCUUGCUUCCGCGCUGAUCAAAUCCUGAGCUAACAAGGCGGAGCUGGACUAGAACCAUGAGUCUAAACAUCUCGCCAACCUCGCUCGUCGAACAGCUGUUCCUCGACCUCUCCAUCCAAGAAGUCCUCACCGACACCACAAACUUCGUCGAGCCCUGGAAAGGCAUGUACAUCGAUGCGAUCAAUGACGGCCGAUACGGCGACGCAAUUUGGGCACGAUACCAUAUCUACGGCGAUCCGGAACCCAUGCCAUGUGCUUGCAACCCGGCGAGUCAGAUGACGGCCAUGGAGCAAAUCAAGGAAGACGCCCUGGCAUACCGGGUCAACGACCCCGACAUAUACUUUGAGGCUUUGUUAUUCUAUGCGACGACGAGUGCUGCUGAUGGGCAUGUUGAUGUUAUUGAGGUCAUCGCAAACUUGAGCGAGGAGGAUAUUGCGGAGUUCAAGGCCAAAGAAGAGGAAGAGCGUGAGGAUGAAUCUGAUUGAGCUUAUAACGUCAGCGGCCUUCUGGCAGCGGUAUUCGACCUUGGGGCCAGGAUUUGGGUGUUUCUCUGAGUUGUCGCUGUUUAUGAGCUUGGUUGCUAAGCAGGUUUAGAGAAGGCUGGAGGGGUCGGGGCCGGGUGUCUUGGAGGCCGUGAUGGUGAAGUGUGCUGCGGUUAUGGUCGGAAUAGAGAUGGGCAAAAGUUGAGAAAAU